AUGGAUCCCAACUCGGGCAAGGUACAAACACAACAUGAUGAGGACGCCUACGGCGAUUUGCCCAAGGCUCCCCAGAUCAGCCUCGAUGACUACGUCCCCGACACACCAGAGGAGCGCAAGCUUGUUCGAAAGAUCGAUCUUUACCUGCUUCCGGCGAUAUGGGGGAUGUACCUCCUCAUCGGCAAUGCCAAAACAGCCGGAAUGGCAGAGGACUUGAACAUGGACUCGACAAAAUACAGCAUUGCACUCACGGUGUUCUUCGUGGGCUACGUCGUGUUCGAAGUCCCCUCCAACAUGAUCCUCGCCCGUACGAAACCGUCCGUCUUCCUCCCGACGAUCAUGUUUCUCUGGGGCUGUGUGACCAUCGCCAUGGCAUGGGUCCCCAACUACAAGGCGCUUAUCGGGCUUCGGAUCGUCGUCGGUGUCCUCGAGGCUGGAUUUGCCCCUGGUGUUCUCCUGACGCUUUCGAGUUGGUACAAGCCCAAUGAGCAAGCCAAGAGGUUCGGAGUGUACAUCUCGGCUGCUAUUCUGUCCGGAGCCUUUGGAGGACUCAUUGCUGGAGCUAUUGAGGACGGCCUUGACGGUGCCCACGGCCUUCCAGGAUGGAAGUGGCUCUUCAUCGUCGAAGGCGCAGCAACAGCAGGCUUCUCCAUCGUAGCCUCGUUCCUCCUCCUAGACUUCCCCGAGAACACCAAGCGCCUCACAGACCGCGAGCGCCAGCUCGCGAUGCAGCGCAUGGAGUACUCGCGCCCCAACAACCAGACGCCCGAGGAGAAGCUCGGCCACGUCGCGGCGCUGAGGCGGUCCGUCGCCGACUGGCGCACGUGGGUCUUUGUCGUCGGGUACAUGGCCAUCGUGGGCUCCUCGACGCUGUCCUACUUCUACCCGACGCUCGUCCGGGGCCUGGGCUACGCGGGGUCCGUGACGCAGUACAUGACGGUCCCGAUCUACAUCGCCGCCUUCAUCUGCACCUUCUUCAACAGCAUCUUCAUGGACCGCGUGCCGCAGUACCGCGGCCUCUCCCUGACGGUGUGGAUGUCCGUCGCCAUGGUCUGCAGCAUCGUCACCUGCGGCGUGUACAACUUCCACGCGCGGUAUGCGCUGCUCGUCCUCAUGGCGAGCGCGCUGUGGGCCUCGAACGCGCUGUCGCUGGCGUAUGCUUCUACCACGUUUGGGUCGAUGAACCAGGAGGUCAGGGGCAUCAGCUUGGCUAUUGUCAACGCCAUGGGGAACCUGGCGCAGAUAUACGGCGCGUACUUGUUCCCUGAUGACGACGCCCCGAAAUAUCUCAUGGGUUUCGGUGUCAUCAGCGGCCUGUGCUUCACGGGCGUGGUCUCGUACUUUAUUUUGCAGCUGAAGCUUCGCAGGCAACCCAACUGA